UCCCAAGCGGAAAAGCGACGCAUAUCCUCUGUCACGCGGUACGGCAAAGAUACGCUACGACGCCCACCCGUGGCAACGCGGUUUUUCCUUAGCAACGGUUUAACAAUAACAAACACAGCAUACCGAAAAAGUGUUCACGUUCUGCAACCGAUUACGAAUCGUUUGAUUACUUCAUUUAAUUCAAUUAUUUUUGUACUAAAUUUCUACUUUCACCCAAAAUGGAUUGGCGUUCGUUGCUGUCCGUCUCGCCGCACAAUGUAGCCGACGAGAGGAAGGACGAAUUGGCCGUAGCCGUAGUGUCCGUUCCUACCGAUCAAAAGUUGGACAGUAAAAGCAGCAAAAAGCUUUUCCGGCUUGCUCAGGUGGUGUUACGCUUUCGCAAUGAGCAGGUUGGUCAACUUCGUAUAGAGAAUGAUCGUUUAGUUGAGCAACAUGAGCAGCAUGUGCUGCAAGAAACGUCGACUGAGUCGCUGAUCCGACAGGAGGUACAGGAGUUGAAGCGAACUGUAGAGAUAUUGGAAGCAGAGAAGCUGGCAAAUCGUGUCAAAAUUAAGGAACUAUCGGAGGAAAUUUUUAUGCUGCAGAGAAAACAAACUGAAUCUAGUCAUUUUGGUAGUGAUGCGGAAGAUUCACCGGAUGCUUUGUCGGAAAUCGAUCGCCAACAGGAGCUGUAUAACAAUAUCAGUAUGAAGAACAAACACAUUAAACGAUUGCUGCGGGACAUAGAUGAUCUGGAAAAGCGGAACAAUUCGCAAAUUGAUACGAUUAAUAGUUUGCAGGUAAAUUUGAAUGACGCAACGAUGAAUUUGACAGCGUUGACCCAACAAUACGAAGAGGCAAAGACCAUUAUAAAGGACCAAGAACAGGUGAUAAACGAUACUAAUGAAAAGCUUAAAAAGCUGGAGGAGGAAAUUAGGGAGAUUGUGGAAGAGAAAAACAGAUGUGAAGAUGAUUUGGAGGAUUUUGCAAAGAAGUUGGAAACGAAAACCGAUCGCUGGAAGGAAGUGCUUGCAGCGAAGCAAUCACAGUUGGACGAAGUGCAGGCGAAGUAUGCGGAUCUGCUGCAGCAAUUCCCCGGGUACGACAUCGAGGCCGAGCGAAAGGAGUUCAAGAAGAUGGCUUCCAGGUUGAGCGAAAAGGAUGAGUUGAUUGAGGAGUUGGAAAAGAAGAUUACAUUGCUUUCGCAGGAGAUUCUCACUUCUACGGAGUUGAUGAAUAGAAUUUCUCAGGAAAGGGAAACGGCUGGAAAGACUACCAGUAAAGUAAGUGUGUGCUGCGAGGAGAGCCGAAUUUCGUUGGAAAAAGCUACUAAACGAUGCGAGGAAAUGCAGGAAAUCCUCUCAAGUGUGGAGGAGGACAACAUGUUAAAAUCGAGACAAGCUGUCGAAGCUAUUGAAGCACUUAGAAGGUACGAGAGUGGCGAAGAAGGAUUGGCGAGUGCGCUGAAAAAGAUCAACAGGUUGCAUGAGAAGGUCAACGUGAGAGAUAAACAAAUACGGGAGCUCGUGGCGGAAAUCAAUCUCGCGAAUGAGAUCGCGAUGGAAAACGCUGUAUUGAGAAAACGUUUAGGAAUCAGUGAGGAUGAAGCUGUCCCUAUUCAUUCAGUUCUUUCUAAACAAAGAAAAAUUGAAAAGGUUAAUGAACGGCUUGCAUUAAAGUUACGUGCUUCAGAAGAGAUGCGGCUUCAACUUAAGUUGGAGAAGAACGAUUUGAAGAGAAAGUGUUUUCAACUUUCCAACGCUCUUAGUAAUCAGAAAGGUGAUAGCAAAGAAAAUGAGAUUGAAUCGAAUCUAACCAAUUUGGAGGUUGCUGAAAACAAUACUGAUCCGAUGUCCCUAGACGUUGAAGAAGUGUCCAAAAUUAGUGAUCUUGCGGCAGUAAAGUUUUGCGAAAAAUGUAUGAAGCAGUACAAUGUGGCAGACAGUAUGAAAUACUGCAAGGCAUGCAUAUUUCGUCAAAGUUUUAAUUAUUGCGAUGGUUGUAUUGGAAAGUUAAAAGGUAAUUUCAGUGCUAGCGAGAUGUCCAACAAUAAGCAUGAUCAACAGAUUGUUGAACUGGAGACAAAAUACGCAGCCGUGUUAGAGGAGAACGAAAACUUGCGGAUAGGAAUGCAUGAGAUUCUUCAAAAAGUACGAGAAUACGAUACCAUUUCUAAUAAUUUAACGAUCGAUACGUCUACUCUGGAGAGACUGCUACAGGCGUUAAACACAAGAAGCGCUGAUUAUCCUACCGGGAUGAAUUUCCAACAGCAGCUUAGCGAGCGAGAUUUAUUGUUCAAAGAACGUAUGAAUCUUAGAAGCAAACAAAGUACGCUCUCUCUAGGAAGUCGGAACGACUCUGGCAAUGUGUGUGACGAGGAAGAAAACAUAGGUGACAUGGAACCGACAAUCGUAGAACAACCUGAUUUCAGUGAGCAAGUUCUGUUGAAAGCAGUUGAAAUUGAUAGAUUGAAUGAACAAAUAGACUCACUGAAAGAGGAACGCGAGCAAUUACUGAAAUCAAAUGAUGAAUUGCAAGCAAUGAAAAAAAUGUACGAUGAACUGCUCCAAUAUGUCAAAUCAACGGACAACGAAAAAGAUCAUCUUCUCGUCAAAACCUUAGAUCGAAUGAAACAGAUUGAAUCGAACAUUUCCACCUUUCAGCGGAAAGUAGAGUUCCUGAAAGCAGACAACGACAACAUGCACAACACAUUGCGAACAAUCAAACAAGAACAUUUGAAUGUUCUUCACGGGUUAAAAUCGGAACUUGUUCACCAUAAGACCGAACUAAAAAGAGCAAAGCAAUCCCUAGAAAAUCAUGCUGCGAACGAAGCGAACUCGGAUUCGGAAGCAAUUGAAAGAUUGGAGAAGGAGAUUACUCAAAUGAAGUUGGAGACCACCAAUUUUUAUGCAAUCUUCCUAAAAAAUAUCCAGGAAGUGGACAAAGAAAACCUACUGGACCUUGAGUACGACCGUUUGUCUCGGUUCGGAUUGGUUGAAUCCAAUCUGACUGUAGACUUUAUAACGAAAAAUGAAUUUAAAAAACUCAAGCUUCAACUAAAGACAGCUGAAGAGGAGCUGCGGCGGCAAACCAUCAAGUGUGGACACUUGGAAGAGCUGUUGACCGUAUCACAGGAGCAAAUACGUUCACAGCAGAUGCUGAUCGCGAAGUUUUCGGACGAGGAAAUAAGUCUACGACACUUGGUCGCAGAUCUGCAGAGUUCGUCGAACGAAAAAUACUUACUGGUCAAAACGCAGAAGGAAUUGAAUGCCGUUCGAGAACAAGAGGAACUUCUUAAGUUGGAUAACGCUAAACUUAAGCAGUCACUAAUUGAAGCGGCCGAAACUUUGAACCGGGUAAAGCAAGAACUGGCACAGCAGGAUUUAGAUUCAACGGAUCGUCAAAAGGAUUCAAACAUUAAAAUAAACUUUUUGGUGAAAAGCGUCAAAAUGUUGCACGAAGAUUACAACUCAUUCACACCAACUUAUGCGGUGACGGAUUUUGUGAAACAGUAUGCCAGACUUUUGGAACAAAAAAUAAAUCUGAAACAGGAGACGUUUGUCCAGCAGAGUCAAGUGCGGGAACGAGAGUACGAACAAUUGUUUGCAAAGUUGAGGGAAAACCUCAACAGUAGUCAAGUUCAAGACAAGAUCAACCUGAUAAAAUUCGAAAGUCAAUGUGAGUAUCUCACAAAGCAGUUAAUUAUGUGUCAAAAAGAGGUAGAACAGCUUCAGCAAGAAAAUUCCGCACUGAAAGUCAAAGAAGUUGAAGCCACAAGACACUGGGAUACAAUCGAUUUGAUUUUCAAUGAGGAAAAGAGGACUAAUAAACAAGAAGAUCAGUUUUUCGAUAAAGCUAUCCAGGUCGCUGUGGAGCUCAACCACAAGUGCAUCAACACCAUUCCGAUCAUUGACGAUAGUCUAGCGGAGAAGCCUCGACCGGGAACACCUCCUCCGGCAUCGGCCAAGCAAACAACGCUCGUCGAAACUGGCCAAAUGACGGAUAACCGAUGCAGUGAACCACCGACACCGACACGGACCGCUAGCGUGGCGCAAAAGUCCCUCGAGUCGCAGCUGAAACAGGCCAUGAUGCUUGCCUCUUCCAGAAGUGCUCUGCUGUUGGAGACCGAAAGUAGACUCAGCGAGUGUCACGGGCGCAUCAAGCUACUAGAAAAGGCACUCGAGGAUAAAGAGCAGCAACUCAAGAAGGAAAGAUCUAACGCAACAGUGAGCGAUGAAAAUAAGUUAAACGAUGGUGCCCUAAGCUCCACGAUAGGGUCACUUCAAAAUUUACUACUACAGAAGGACACAACUUUAUCUAAAUAUCAAGAGCUGCUGAGAAACGAGCGCGAGGAGCAUUCAAAGGCGUACGAUGAAAAUAUCGCUCAGAUUCGAAUGCUAAAACGGACGAUUGACGAACUGGAACAAAAACAGUACGACAAACAAAAGGAGAUAGACAAUCUAACGACUCAGCUUAUAGACAGACAGCAGAAACAAAAUCAGCGUGAGCUGAUUGCGAUUUCCGAAAGUACAGCAGAAAAACGCAACAAUGAACCGGAAAUAAUUUACACUGACAAGAUAAUCGAAAACAUUUACGAAAUGGACCAGAAAAAGGAGGAAGAAAUCGAAUCACUGCGAAUACAGUUGAAGGUGCAUGAAAACAAACUCCGUGAUUCGACUGAUGAAAGCAAAAAGCUGCAAGAACAGCUUCGAGAUGCCACCGCUAAAGAGAAACGUUCCGAGCGGGCAUUGCGGGAGAAGCAAGCUGAGAUUGAGGCGCUAAACGAAAAGCUCUGCAGCGAACAUGAUGAUUUGAAGGAGUUUACCGAAAGUGUAGCUACCGCACAAGAAGUGGAACAGCUAAGGGAAAUGCUAGAAGAUAAGGAUCGACACAUUCAGGAUCUCACGGAGACGUUGAGUCAGUUUCAUGACGAUCAGCAACGAUUCAUGAACGAUACUUCGCUACACUCAGCCGAGCAGGUUUCACAGCUCAGCGCAGACCUGAAUCGAAGCGAAGCCUCCAACCGUAUCCUGAAGACUCAAAUCGAUGCUCUAAAGCGGCAGGUCCUCAGUAUUCAACAACGCGAGAAACAAUCACGUGACUUGGUAAAAACACUCAAAAAUCAACUCAUUAAGCGACCUGUCAUUGCCAUGAAACCGGAACGUACAACCACUCCCCGAGAGGACCAAUUAACUAGAAAAGUUCAACAACUUGAAACGGAGUUACUGGAUACGAAAGACGAUCUGCGAAAGCAGGUGAACAUUAACGAGAACCGUCGAGCUAAGAAUGCUGCCGAAUUGGACUUGUGGAACAAGCAAAAACGUUGGCAGCAGACGGCCGAAAAACUCAAGGUGCAACUCAAAGAAAAAGAGACCGAAUUGGAAAAGCUAAAAGUUCAUUUCAAUUCGGCAAAGUCGGCAAUCGCUCGUUUGGAGCGAGAAAAGGCAAUCCUGGAGGGACGCUCGGUCGCUGGUGGCACUCGAGGACACAGUGCGAGCUCGGCCGUUGGAGGUAAAUACACCCCGGCCGAAUCGCCGGACGAAUGCUGUACGACCGAAAGUACCGCUUCCGAAGGGGCUAGUGAUGAUUUGAAGAUAUUUGCACAGAACAGUAAGGAAAUUAUACAAGCGCUAAAGAGUCGAAUUGAGUCACAGCAGAGGAGGAUCAUCGCUAUGGAGUUGGAACGUAAGGGUUCUAAUUCAAUGACAAGCGAACUGGAGAGAAUGCAGGAAAAGAUAUCCAGCUUAGAAGCACAGAAUAUCCGUUUGGAAGCAAGAACGCUCCAGUAUCAGUUGGACAAUGACAUGCUGCGGCAGAGAGAUGAUUCCGAGCGGCAACGAAACCAGAUCAAACAUCUGGAAGACUAUAUUAUUCUGCUAAAGGAGGAAUUCACCAAGGCAACCGCCGGUUGCCCGGAAACGAUAAACUUCAAUAAUCUGUGCCAACGUUGCUCUGGUGCGAACGGACCAACUCCUGCUAAUAACGAACUAGCAAGUUACAACUCAAAGUUAGAGCAAACUGUUAUCGCCCUGCGGAGAAUUAUUGAAAAACUCAAAGUAGAAAACAAACAACUGAAGGAAACUAAAAAUGCUACCGAACGCUCCAAAGUGGAUGGUAAAUCACCGUCGGUAUCGGAGAUAAUAGAGAAUCAUGAUCGAUUGAAAAAGGAGCACGAAAAACUCCAACAGAACUAUACCGAAGCGCUCAAUCGGGUGGCCGCACUGCAAGUGGAGGUCGAACUCCUUUCGAGCGCGAGUUGCCCUCGAUGCCAUCCCCGGAACGAUAGGCAAGAGCAAGACACGCAGGAAAUUAGUGAGGAAGAAAAAUCUAGAAGUGAAGAACUAAAGGAAAGCCUCGAGAAGAAAGCACAGUUGCUGGAAAAAGCUAAAAUAUUACUAACAAGAGCUGCCGCCAAAGAACGCCAUUUGAAGGAUCAAAUUUCGCUGCUGAAAAGGAAAUGUUCAGAUUUACAAAACGUACCUGUUAUCGACGAGAUUAGCGAGUGA